AUGGAUAUACAAAAGAAAAAUAAUAAAGAAAUAAUCGAUGAUGAGGGGGAGAAUGGUGGUUGUGGGUUUUCUAAUGUAGAUGACAAAUCUGAAGAGGAAGAAAAUGAUUGUGAACAAUUAUAUUGGAAACGAUUUAAAAAAUGGAUGCAUUGUUUUUGUGUUGUCACGUUUGAUUUGGAACUUGGACAGACAAUUGAAGUUGUCUAUCCCGGCUCCGCUUAUUUAUCACCCACUGAACGUUCUGACAUUUGUUAUUUAUCAUUUCCCGAUUCAAAUUCAUCCUCAACAAAUAUUAAUAAUUCGUGUUCUUCCUCUACCCCUUCAAUAUUUAUGAAUGGAAAAAUUAAUAGAAAAAUGUCUUCGGAUGGAAGUUAUAUAGAUUCUUCACACCAUUUUAGAAUUAAGAGAAAUGGGGAAAUAAAUGAGGAUAAUGAAAAACGUUUUGAUUCAUUUACCCAAAAACUUCCACCUUCUCUUAGGCCUGAUAAACAAUAUCUUUAUGGUUUUGCUUAUUUUAGACGUCAACGAGAUUCUAGUUUACAUAGAGGGUAUUCUCAAAAGAGUAUUGUCCUAAUCAGUCAUUUACCUUUUGUUGCACUUUUUUCACGUAUUUUGAGUGAAGUUGCUUUAGCAUUUUUUACGGCAGGUGAAAGUGCCAUAGAAACUGCUUGUCGUCAAAUAGGCCAACAUUGGCCAUCACCAAAAGCUGGGGGAGAUAGACUCCUUUCCUUGCCACUUUUUGGUCUUCGCUUUUGUUGCUCAAUCCCCGCAGAUUUACACAAAAAUGAGUCUGAAUUAGACCCCGGAACUAAUUUUAUUGAACAAAAUGGGAAUCAAAUGCCCUUUAAUUUAAAACAACAAUCCUUAGAAGAUGAGGAUUGUAAUGGAUUUGAGUUCAUUGAUAUUCGCUGCAAUGUUGUUCUUUUAGACUCCAUAUCAGAACCAGACCAACAUUUUCAUAUUGGAAUAAAAAGACUCCUUCCACAUUUACAUCUUUUAUGGGAAUUAAUAUUACUUGGAGAGCCCUUACUUGUUUGUGCCCCAAAUGCCUCAUUAUGUUCUUCAAUCGUUUAUUCAUUAAUUUCUUUAAUUUCUCCAUUGAGAUAUGAACCUGAUUAUAGGCCAUAUUUUACAAUCCAUGAUUCUGAUUUUAAUGAAGUUUUAAAUUCAAAACAGAAUUGCCGUUGGAAUAAUAUUUGUGUUAUUGGUCCUUCUAAACGUGAAAGGAGUGAAUCUCGUCUUGUUAAACAACUUAAAACACAAGCAGCAGCUCAAUUCGUUUUGGGAACCCUUAAACGUUGUGGGACAACGGCAAAAGAGCUUACACAUUUAGGGAUUGAUGUUGAUGAGGAGGAUGGGGAUGGAGAGGAAUGGCAAAGGAAAUUAAUUAAUAUUCAAUUCAAGAUGGAAGAUGUAGAGUUUGUGAAGAUUUCCAAGGCUCAGACGGAGCAUAUUAGUAAGCAGUUUAUUCUAUUAUUCAAAGGAUUGUGCGAGAUCAAUCCUAAAUUCGGAGAUUCAAACGGAGAGUCAGCGGAAUUGUAUGAUAAAUUAGAAUCGCUAUUCGAAGAAGUCAAGAUUCUAGCAUUCACUGCAGCUAUUCCGGAAGAAAUGAAAGAUAUUAGAGAGCUUAGUCGUAAAUUUGUGGAGCGUUAUUCGAGACCAGACAAGUGUAGUCUGAUGAUUCUAUUAGAGGAAUGCUGCAGAUAUGCAGAAAAGAAGGAUGAGGACAAAACGUUCGACAGUCAUUCAAAGGUCAAGAUAGAACCUGACAAUUAUGUGAAUAAUGUUAGUAGAGUCGAACAUAUUCCGAGUAGCGAAUUCGGAAAUUCAAGAAAUAAUUCAAGGCAACGAAAAGGCCAAUUCAAGAUUCGAGAUUCACGUCAGUGUUACAAUUGUGGCAUGAUUGGACAUAUUAGUAGAUACUGCCGGAAACCAAAGAUAAGGUUGAGCCAAGGCAAAGGUCCAGAAGUCAAUCAUGUGAAAGUAGAUUCUAGUUAUUCGAGACCACAUUGUCUGACGGUAGAAAUUCCGGAGUUGAUAGAUUCUAGUCAAAAUAGUCGUAGCAGUAUUAUUCAAGGCAGAAAGCCAAAAAUUCGGAAAAGUAAUAAAAGUCAGAAUAGUCAAAAUUCGAAAAUGGCAAAAUAUUCGAGAAAUUCGAAUUAUUCGAAAGAUUCUAAUGAUUCGAGGAAGUCAAAGUAUUCAAAUAAUUCGCGAGAUUCUAUUCAAUUCAGAGAAGACAUGAAAGUCUUUGUAUGGAACAAAAACAGAAAUGGCAAAACAGUCUGGUUGCCAGGGACAAUUCUUAGUAAAUUCGGAGAUGAUUAUAAAGUCGAAGUCCCUUGGCUGAAAACCGUAGUCAGUAGAGAAAAAUGGCAGUUAAGAAAGCCAAAUUCGAUUCAUUCAAAGGGAAGUUAUUCAGAUUCUACAGAUUCGAGGGCCAGUCUAAGAACUAGAGAAAGUUCAAUUCGGAGUCAAAUUCGUGAAAAUUCCAGGCACAAUUCGAAGAGCGCAGCAGAGACGAAGCAGGAUUUGCGCGCUGGCACAGAGGCCAAAGAAGAAAAGAAGUCCUGGGUGCAUAAGAUGAUUUGGGGAAAAUAA